CGUGAAAUCUGCCGUGGCCAAUUUCAUGGGCGGCAUCAUGGCUGGCAGCUCGGGCUCCGAGCACGGCGGCGGCGGCUGCGGAGGCUCGGACCUGCCCCUGCGCUUCCCCUACGGGCGGCCGGAGUUCCUGGGUCUGUCUCAGGACGAGGUGGAGUGCAGCGCCGACCACAUCGCCCGCCCCAUCCUCAUCCUCAAGGAGACCCGGCGGCUGCCCUGGGCCACUGGCUACGCAGAGGUCAUCAACGCUGGGAAGAGCACACACAACGAAGACCAGGCCAGCUGCGAGGUGCUCACGGUGAGGAAGAAAGCAGGGGCCGUCGCCUCCACCCCUAACAGGAACUCGUCCAAGAGACGCUCCUCCCUCCCUAACGGGGAGGGGCUGCAACUGAGGGAGAAUGCGGAAUCCGAGGGCGUUUCCUGCCACUACUGGUCACUGUUCGACGGUCACGCGGGGUCCGGGGCGGCCGUGGUGGCAUCGCGCCUGCUGCAGCACCACGUCACGGAGCAGCUGCAGGACAUCGUGGACAUCCUGAGGAACUCGGCCGUGCUGCCACCCACCUGCCUGGGCGAGGAGCCGGAGCACACGCCGGCCGGCAGCCGCGCCCUGACCCGGGCGGCGUCCCUGCGUGGCGGCGUCGGGGCCCCUGGCUCGCCCGGCACCCCGGCCACGCGCUUCUUCACCGAGAAGAAGAUCCCGCACGAGUGGCUGGUGGUCGGGGCUCUGGAGAGCGCCUUCAGGGAGAUGGACCUGCAGAUAGAGCGGGAGAGGAGCUCGUACGACAUAUCGGGCGGCUGCACGGCCCUGGUCGUGGUGUGCCUUCUGGGGAAGCUGUACGUGGCCAACGCUGGGGACAGCAGGGCCAUCAUCAUCAGAAAUGGAGACAUCAUCCCCAUGUCUUCAGAAUUCACCCCUGAGACAGAGCGCCAGCGACUUCAGUACCUGGCGUUCAUGCAGCCACACCUGCUGGGGAACGAGUUCACACACUUGGAGUUUCCAAGGAGGGUGCAGAGAAAGGAGCUCGGGAAGAAAAUGCUCUACAGGGACUUUAAUAUGACAGGCUGGGCUUACAAAACCAUCGAGGAUGAGGACUUGAAGUUCCCCCUGAUAUAUGGAGAAGGCAAGAAGGCCCGGGUAAUGGCAACCAUUGGAGUGACCAGGGGACUCGGGGACCAUGACCUGAAGGUGCAUGACUCCAACAUCUACAUAAAGCCAUUCCUGUCUUCAGCUCCAGAGGUAAGAGUCUACGAUCUCUCCAAAUACGAGCACGGAGCAGAUGAUGUCCUGAUCUUGGCCACCGACGGGCUCUGGGAUGUCCUGUCCAAUGAAGAAGUAGCCGAAGCCAUCACCCAGUUUCUUCCUAACUGUGAUCCGGACGAUCCUCACAGGUACACGCUGGCGGCCCAGGACCUGGUGAUGCGUGCCCGGGGUGUCCUGAAGGACAGAGGAUGGCGGAUAUCUAAUGACCGACUGGGCUCAGGAGACGACAUUUCUGUCUAUGUCAUUCCUUUAAUACAUGGAAACAAACUGUCAUGAAAAUGGUCCAGGGGGUUGGGAAGACAGAGGGGAAGAAAUCAACUGGGGUGCCUCUCAGCAGGGUGGGCCUGGGAAGUGCCCCUGCGAGUUCCAAGUGAUGGAGACACCUCCCAGCCCAGUGCGGGGGUGGGGAGCGUUUGCUGCCAAAAGGCCUCCGGCUGUGCUUCAAGAUGACCCUUAGGUUUCCGUGUCUUCUUUAGUAACAGGCCAACUCUACAGAGUAAAACACAAAGGCUGCUACUGAGUGUUGUGUUUGUUAGUUCCUUUUAUGGGCCUCCCCGGUGGCCAUUGCCUGCUUGGGGCACAUACCUUGUAUUUAUUUUCUCUAGAGUAGCUGGGCAGCCAUUUUCACGUGUAACUGGCAGGCAACUCCAGUCCGUCAGCUGCCAACUUCCCUACCAGGGUAACAAGUGUGUUGGAAAGUGGGGAACCGCGCCUCCAAGUGUAAGCGCCCACCAGCUACGCCAAGACUCAGCUGCCCACUUGCCCUCGUUCUCUCUGUUCUGUGGUAAUGGUGGCGUAAGGCAGGGACUUAUCUCUUUUUUGACAUUCCUUAAUUUUUUUUUCUUUUCCGUAAAACAGGGCUGGGAAUUUCCAGCUCCUUGCUGAGGAAUUUCUGUGUCAGAGUCCACCCCGGGCUGGCUCGUCCCCAUGUCCUCCAGCCGUGCCGCCCAGGCAGCCUUGCAUGACAGCACCGUUGUUGUCUGACGUUAGUUCCAGGGUUGCAUUUUCUCACCAAGUCAGUGUGUUUUCAGGAAAAAAUCUGAGUGUUUCUUUGGACCGAGAGUUUCUCUCUUGUCUUCAGUGCCUCCCUUGUGUGGCCAGAGGUUCCUGUGUGAUUCAGGAUUUCCCCCUCUGGAGUGGCUGACCCUGUCAUACCUGCUGUGUUGUGGGGACAUGUUUGAAGCAGUGUCCAUCAGAGCAGUCUGGGAGGUUUAUCGUAUCUACCAGUUCACCAAACCUCAUCUGAGGAUGCUUUUGGAUUCAGGUUUCGUGAGCUGUGACUGUCCCCAAGUCCUCUUCAAACUAAGUGUCAGUAUCCGAGUUCUGUCAAGGAGCAGCCUUUCUCCUCCCCCUGUCAUUUUUGUGCAGGGUCCACUCAGGAUGGGACUUUGAUAAAAGUGAACUUGAAUAGGGUUGACAGGCCAUUUCCAUGCUAUGGGUCUGUCCCUUCUCUGGAGAAUCACAUCCUAGUGACCCAAAACUGAGCCCCUGUUCCACUGUGGUUCCGCCUGUGAGUGUCCCACACAGACAGCGGCAGCAGAGGCCACCUGCGCACCUGCAGCUUCUCUGCCGGGAGGAGUGGCGAAGUCUCUCAGGCCUCCUGCUCUGCGAGGGUGUGUAAGACAAUCCUAGUUCCCUGGUCCUCUUCCUCAGGGCUACCACGCAUCCUCACCAUCCUGACAACUGUGUGUAACUAAAAUACUCUCUGACCCAAUAAAGAAAAGCUUGUUGGUGUGAUCCAGCCCCAAAUGCUAGAGAGCCGAUUUCCGUUCUCGUGUGUCCUUGGAAUUCCUUCUCAGAUGACAGGAGCAGAACCCUUCCUCAGGGGUAGUAAAUCACAGCGUCCGUAGGGUUUAGAUAUUUUAUUCAUAAGGGCUGGGAGCCGUCCUACUCAGGAAUGAAUUCAUCCCCCAGUGUGGAGACAACAUCCUGUCUGGCAGGUGCCCCACGGGAAUUCACCCCGCCACUCCAGUGUUGCCUGGGAAGGAUCAGACCAUUACCUUGUCAGGAGUCAUCUUUGUCUGACAGCAUCUCCGCCUCUUUCAGUAAAUCCAAGCUACCCCAAACUGACCUGCCCCGAGCAUCUCUUUGGGGAGGAAUUUGUGUAAACCGUUUGCCUUCCUGGUAGCAUCUGAUGCUGUGGGGGAUCUUCUGGGCAGCCUUGUGGAGAGUCUUACGUGAGGACCCUGAGCUGCCACCGUUGGGACCCCUCCUGUGUGCCCAUUGCCUUUCAUCUCUGUGCUUUUCUGGGCCUCACUUUGAGCUUCUCUAGUUUUAUUCCAACUACCAAGUCGGAAUUUGGGUUUAGACAUGACGACCUUCCACUCAGUCCACCAAUUCGCCUACUGCCAAGGUACAUCUCAGGAAAACUCUGGAAUCCCCUAAUUCAGAAUACCCUGAAAUCUUGAGAAUUUAGUCCUAUUGGUUUGAGUUAGAAAGGCAUCCAGGAAUUCUUUUCAGAAGCCCCCUUAGGUGAAGCGAUCUUAGUAGCGAGAUGAACCCAUGUUUGUGUUGGAGGACCUAAUCAAAAGUGGGGAAUGGGGCGGGUUAGUAAUGCCCAGGGCACAUCUGCCCAGCCCUGGAAGUGCUCUGUGAAUGGAGCUUUCUUAGUUUCGGUCUUAUUUUUCAGCCUCAAGUCACCCCAUUCCAGAAUAGGGAGUGUGUCUACACAACGGGGUGGCCCUUGGUGCAUUCCCGGACAGGUCAAAAGUCAGCACACUUCAAAAUUCUGCAGACCAUAUUUGGAUGUGGUUCUGAAAUCUCAUGUAUCUGACUUGUAUCCAAAUCUGCUUGUCCUGAUAGCCUCAGAGGAAGCCUCGUUUAAUAAAAAGCUUUUCAUUUCCUAGUCAAGUGUUUAUGGUUGUCUUGGGAGGGUGGGGGCUGCUUCCUUUAAAGAAAGGCUUUUUCAGCUCUGGAUCUCCCUGGCGGGCUGGCCUCUGCUCUUCAGACUAUUUGGUGAAAGUCUGUUCCUUAAAGAGAGCAAACUCACACACCAUCCACGCUCUGGUAUUUCACUAGGUAACAGCCGCGGCUUUGUUUGUGUAAUACCUGAAAUCACAGCAGUAUCCAGGGUGCAAGGUGUGUUCUGCUGUGGUUAUGUAGACCUGGAUACUUGUUCUUGAGGCCGGAAAAGAAGGGUGAAAAUCAGGCUGGGCCAAGUAUAUUCAGCUGUCGAACAGGACAAAGCUUUAAAAAGUCAAAAUUUCAGUUAUUUUCCACAGUAUUCUGCUUUGAAGGAUUUGGGGUGUUUAAUUUUUUCAGUAAUGAGUAGCUUCCCCUCCCGGGGCCUUGUGAGCUCAGCUGCAGCUUCUUCUUGCUCUUCCAAGGACCAUUUACUUCCCGGGAGGAGUUAUGCAGCCACAGGUAGAUACUGACGGCAAGAGGGAGGCCCCAGGACCCAGAUUUAAUCGCAGAACUUAGCACAGGUUUUCCACUUACCCAGAGCACUAGAGUAGAAACACUUUGGGGAAAUCUCCCACAUCUUUAAAAUUCUGACCCCGUCUUGAUACCGGCUUCCUCCCGUCCUUCCUCAUCUGCCAGUCCCCUCUAUUUCUAAGGCCCCAGUGCGCAGUGGUUUUCUUCCCACCAGUUCGAGGACCUCACCUUUCCUUAGGUGACCCAGCAGCUCCACUGUUUUCAGAGUGAACAAUACAUUACGCUUUGAUGAGAUUCUAUUUUCAGCGAGGUCGCGCUUCUGGGACACUUGGAGAAAGUGGAGAGAGUUGUUGUCUAUGCAAGGAACGACCAGGCUGACCACAAAAGUUCUCAAAUCUAAGAAAAUGGGAAACUGGUCUCUGGUAGGAGCGAGUUGUAUGUUAGGAACUCAGAUUUUUGAGGACUUACCAUUGCAGAGAAAUGUCGCACCUAUACACAGGAGUCCGCGUCUCUGAGCAAACUGGGUUCAGGUGGUGGCGUGUGGGAUUCGUCACAGGACACUACACAAGUGGCCAGAUCUGCUUCCUGUGAGCACCGGGCCUUCUGUCAGAUUUGAGUGCCAGUCUGGAGAGCACUGCUCUGCCAAAUCCAUGGUGUCACCUGUGUAAAUAGCUAUGACUCUCCCUCUGUGUCUUCAGUGAACUUCUGUCACGUAGCAGCCAGGUAGAUGGUGACCAAAUCAGGUUGUAGACGUGCACCUACUGUGACGUACUCGAGGAAGGGCGGCCUGGGCCUUUAUGCUCCUGAUCUCCCACAAGUAUGUGCUAUUCGUCUGGGGAAUCUGGAGGUUACCCUUUGACUCCUACUAUGUCCCCAGUUUUCUGCGUUUCCUCUGAAGACCCAGGAAGGCCCAUUCUGAAGAUCAUCUGUAAGGAGCAUGUCAUGGUCUGGGUUUCCAGAACUGCCCUCCAUACAGUGAAUGAGAGAAAUCCGCCUGGAAACGGCUCCAGAACCGAGUCCCUUUAUGCCUCGUGAUUGUGAAACACUGAACUUUGUAACCCCAAACUGGACACUGGUUAGUAAAGGGGAUCUAUUUUGUGUGUUUUGAAAUGUAGGUGCAAAGUUCCCUGGAAAAAAAGCUAAAGAAAUGUAUAUGCUCAAUGACAUUUUAAAAUAAAAUAUUAUAUAUAUGUAUAUA